CUGCCUAUAUCCAGGCUGUAACCAGCUGUCUUCCAUUUUCAAAGACUCCUGUUUUUGUUUUUGCCCACUGAGCCCUUUGCUUUCCCCUUCACACACACUCUCUCUCUCUCCGGUUCUCGUUUGGUUUUAUUUAGGUUAUCUGCAAUUACAGCGAAGCUUUGGAAGAUGAAAGCAGGGCCACUUGUGCUUAGUAUCCAUUGCUCAUCCCCAAGCUUUCCAUUCUUCCAAUCACACAACCAUCACUUUUCUCUCAGCUAGUUCUCUUUGUUUUUUCUUCACGUUGCAAUGGAUCCUUGCCCUUACGUGCGUCUCUCUGUAGGCCAUCUUGGUCUACGAAUCCCCGUCGCUGCGAAACCGGCUCGGUCUGUGGUGCACCCUUCCUCCUCUCCAUGUUUCUGCAAGAUUAAAUUGAAAGGUUUUCCGGUUCAAACUGCGGUUGUUCCGUUUGUUCCAUCGGGAAAUUCUUUCCCCGACGCUCAAUCUCAAACCAUGGCAGCAAGUUUCCAUCUCAGUAAAGCCGAUCUGGACAAGCUCGCAGCAAAAUCAAUCUUCUCGGCUAAAAUAUUUUUGAAAGUUUCUAUUUACACUGGGCGGAGAGGCACCACCUGCGGCGUAAACUCGGGGAAACUGUUGGGAAAGGUUUCUGUGCCGUUGAAUCUGGCAGGAGCUGAAUCAAAAGCAUUUGUGUUCCACAAUGGGUGGAUUUCUGUUGGUAAAGAAGCUAAAGGCUCGUCAUCGCAGUUUCACUUGAAUGUGAAGGCGGAACCUGACCCCAGAUUCGUGUUUCAGUUCGACGGUGAACCAGAGUGUAGCCCACAAGUGUUUCUGAUUCAAGGCAAUAUUAAGCAACCCGUUUUUACUUGCAAGUUCAGUUUUAGAAACACGGGUGAUCGUAAUAAUCAGAGAUCCAGAUUAUUACAAUCUGAGGCAAGCAGUGGAAGAAGCUGGCUGAGCUCAUUCGGCAGUGAAAGAGAACGACCUGGAAAGGAACGAAAGGGAUGGUCAAUCACAGUCCAUGACUUAUCCGGCUCGCCGGUAGCCGCUGCUUCAAUGGUAACCCCUUUCGUGGCCUCACCUGGCUCAGACCGGGUUAGCCGUUCCAACCCUGGUUCCUGGCUUAUUCUCCGGCCGGGCGACGGGACUUGGAAACCCUGGGGUCGUCUAGAAGCCUGGCGCGAGCGUGGCGCCUCAGACGGUUUAGGUUACCGUUUUGAGUUGAUUCCCGACUCUGCUGCGGCCGGCAUUGUUUUAUCGGAGUCAACUCUCAGUUCAAAUAAAGGCGGGAAAUUUUGCAUUGAUUUGGGGGGUCACUCCACCAACGGUCGCGCCACGCCGGUCAACGCAGCUUCGCCGGCGUGUAGUCCACGGAGUAGCGGUGAUUUUGGAUACGGUUUAUGGCCUUAUUGCAUGUACAGAGGGUUCGUAAUGUCGGCGAGAGUGGAAGGGGAGGGAAAGUGUAGUAAACCUAGUGUGGAGGUGAGUGUACAGCACGUGAGCUGCACGGAGGACGCCGCUGCUUUCGUGGCUUUAGCCGCAGCCAUUGAUCUCAGCAUGGAUGCUUGCAGACUUUUCUCUCAACGGCUGAGAAAAGAGCUGUGCCAGCAGCAAGAAUCACUGUGAUAAUUUACUUUUUUUUUUUUUUUACUGUCUACGUUGUCGUAUUGCAUUUGUUAUUUGUGUGUGAGAGACUUACUAUGCUAACAAACAACCAAUAUUUGUACAGUGAAGUAGGAGGAGGUAUCAGGGAGGCACGCUUUGUUUUUACCCGUGUGGCUUGUAUUUAUUUUUCCUUUUUGAAAAAAAAAAAAAGUUUUAUUAUUA